AUGCAAUUUUACGUGGAGCUGCCAGUAUCGAAAAUGGCCCUAGAAGAGAUGCGGCAUGGGAUUUCACCUCUUAAGCACGUCAUCCACCUCAAGGGAGUGCUAUCGACGAUAUUAUUCCAUCGAAUAGUUAAUUGCAUAGUCCCUGCUAUGGACUGUGAAGACACACACUGUAGAUUUCCCGUGGUAGAAAGCAUCAAAAACACCACGCUUUCAGACACCCUAAACCUGAGAGUAGACGAGUGCGUUAAAGAACUCCGAGCAUGGUUCACUAUGAAUGAACGCCAGCAGCAUCACCCUAACACACCUCCUGGGAGGCGGCUUGAGGAUAGCUCUUCGAGACGCGCGAAUCCUGGUCCCGACUCUACAAUCUCACUGAAACUCUCUCAUGGGGGAGACAAUAACCGGGGCUCUUCGGAGACAUGGACUAUAGCCUCCAAGAUGUCUAGCGAGUAUAAAUUAGUUAUCGAGGGCAAUGGCACUGGUGAGCAGGACGCGGAAUAUGGAUGCUCGAGCCAAUUUGAGUACUUUCUACUCAGCUUAGGUGAGCUGUGCUACGAGAUGGGUAAGAAAAACCCGCCUCAGAGUCAGACGGAGCCGGCAGUAGAUAUAUACGUUGGACCGCCAGAUCAAAACGAGUUCAAUGAUUUCCAUCGAUGGAAAAGACUUAUCAAGAAAAUGUUUUGA